CACAACCAAACACAAACCUCUUGGCAGCAGCCGUCCUCUUUGACCGGGGACGCACUGGCCCCUCUGCCCGGCUGCUUCUGCUGCAACAUGCUGAGGAGGAGAGACCCGUCCCCUCAUCCUCAGCCUGAAGACAGGGCUCACCUGCUGGAAGAGCGUUUGUCCAGCCAGGAGAGGACCACGGCUUUUCUCCUCCAUCAAGCAUUCCAAAUCAAAGACGACAUCGUCUCCUUCCUCCAGGGAACCAAAGGUUAUCAGCACGGGGAGACUGCUGCCCGGCGGCUGCUGGAAAACCACAUCCAGACCAUCACGAGCAUCGUCAAGAAGCUCAGCCAGGACAUUGAGGUUUUGGAGAGGCAAAUAAGAACAAGGGAUGGUGCUGCAGUAGAAACUAAUUUUGCGGUUCAAAGUCUGGACCAUAAGUACAUCCAUGGUCUUGGAGACCUGCGUGGAAGAGUGACAAGAUGCGAGGCAAGCAUUGCAAAACUGUCGGGAGACAUCAGUAUUAUCAGGCACGAGGCCCAGAAGACUGAGAAAGAGAUUUAUGGCCUUCACUCUGCACUCAAAAACUGUGUUAGUGAUUUUGAGAAGAAGGUAAUGCAGCUAUUAGGCAAGAUAGAGGCUUCCAACUCUGAUCAAAGCUUGACUUUAAAGACAGUCCAGGGAGAUCAACAUCACGAAUUGCAGCUUCUGGAUUUCAAGUUGACAAGUAUUCUGAGUGACUUCAGGGAUCAGAUACAGACUCAUCGGAAGUGGACGGAAGCGCAGUUGACACGGUCUGAAGAAGAUCAAGCCCAGAGCAGGCAGCAGCUGCUGGACGUGGUGAAGGAGAGACUGGAAAGAACAGAAAAAAGAGUAGAAGAAAAGCUCCUACUUCUGUCGCUAAAGCUAGAACAAAUAGAUAAACCACAGAAAUAUGAGAAGCAGAAGAACCAGAUGAAAAGUGAUGAAAAAAACCUGCAGGCCAGAAUCACCAGGUUUGAAAGACAGAUCUGGAAGGAGCUUGAGGAGAUCCAAAACGAAUACAGAUCAGGAUUCCAAGCCCUUCAGGAGUCUCUGGAGCUGCUUAAGCAAAUACAAAACACAAAGCUGAAACUUGAAAAAAAGAAGAUUCAAAAAGACAUGAAAAAGAUACAAUGAAAGUGACCUCCUAGAAGAGUGAACACCAAGAACAAGCUUUGUCAGCUCUUGCAGAUGCUCUCCAGUGAGAAGCGGCAUUGGGUUAAAGAAAGGAGUCUUUAAACACACCUGAUUUUGUUCUCCCCUGUCCACAAAGGAUGUUAUUGCUAUUUAUGAUACUGUGCAGCCACAAAAAUAACAGGUCUCUUGACACCAACAGUCAUUUUUCACACCAAUUUUACUACAGAAUACUUCACUACAGAAGUUAAAGGACCGACUUAAAAAGCUACGAGUGAUUUAAUACAAAAGUAUUCAUAUUAUUUUAAGGACUUUAAGAAAAUCAGCACUUAGUUGUUAAGUGUGGUUCGCCCAGUCCUGACAUAAGCUACACUGGUUUUAGAUUGGUGUAACUGUUGAGAUCAGGUCUAGUAAAUUCUUGCAGUCGCACAUGAGGUGUAUGUCACAAUAGCAUUAUGAAAAAUGGUAUAAAAUAUCUACUGAUGCCUGAUUUGGAUCUAUUGUAAGUCACUGAAUCAUUAGAAGUAGCUAAUAAAUUUGGUACAGGUGACAAAAAGCUAGUUAACUAUUAGCAGAUUCAUUUCUAAGGAGGUUUAUUUCUCGUCUUCUCUGUUUGACUAAAUAAAAGUGUGGAUUUGCAUUAGAACACUAAAUAAUGUAUCAGACACUGUGGGUUUUGUUUUGCUUCAACAAACAAGAAGACUGAUCUAGAAAUAAGGAGGAAAACCCUGCGGGUAGGGCAAUAGACUCAUACGGUUUCCCCAACAGAAGCUAGCAUGAGUACUUUAGCAGGGAGGUCAAAAAAGGAGGUGACAAUGCAAU